AGCGCGCUCUGGGAAGCCCAACAAGUGCCCUUCUUGCGUGUGCAGGGGCAAGCCGCCCUUUUACUUAUUUUGGCAGGCAUGGCAUUCCUCAGCUUCAACGAAAGCUUCAACGCCAACCUGAAGUUCACCACUGAUGGUGCUGAUGAGAAUGAUGAUAUGCUGAAGAAGGACUUGCCCUUGCGCUACACAUGGUCCAUUUGGGAGCAGAUCAUGCAGUCCAACGACAAGUCCUCGGCCUAUUCCGAUGCUACCCAUAAGGUGGCGAGCUUCUCGACGGUCCAAAGCUUCUGGAAGCUUUGGAAUCAUAUGCCCCAACCGAGCGAACUCUUGGAGCAGAAGCGGAUGGUACGUGAACAGCCGGACGGGUUGCACGUGAUCGACGCCGUGAUGAUUUUCCGGGAGAACAUUCGCCCAGAGUGGGAGGACAAGAUGAACGCGCAAGGAGGGCACUUUCAAUUCCAGUUGAAGCCCAACAUUGGUGGUGGACAGGUGGAUGAGUAUUGGAACAACUUGGUAUUGGGGAUGAUCGGUGCGACCAUUGAACCGGCCAACAUGAUCACAGGGCUCCGAUUGGUGGACAAGCUCUCUGGUCCGAGGGCCGCCGGCGUGAUUCGCCUGGAGGUGUGGUUCACCAAUUACGAUGAUGCCUCCGCUGUUCAGGUGCUGAAAAAGAACGUGGAGAAGUGCAUGGCAACACGCCUGGACGGAAGUGUUGGCCAGAUUCCCAAAUGUGAUGUGAAGUCGCACUCCACGUCGGGCAAACACUGAGAGGGCACUCUCACCACUGGGGGGAGCACCGGGGCCAUUUGGUUCAUGGACUGGCUCCAGCGAGAUGGUCACAGCUUUGAUCCCACGGUUCGGGAUUCCUAUCCCGACCCUGGGUGGUCUCAACGCGAACACGUUGGGUUUUUAGAACGCUCUCAACCAGCACGAAGAGCAUGUGCA